AUGAUUAAUCCUAGCAACAAUCUCACCUCCUCCUCCGAUGACUUCUCCGGAAACUUCGUUUCUCGGCGACUAUUUUUCUUCUUCUUGGGAGAUAUUCAAGUUUUAGAACUUGUUCUUGCUUUUCUCGUCUUCAUUGCCAUAAAUUCUCUAAGGCAGAAGAAACGUCGGGGGCUACCAGUAUGGCCAGUUCUAGGCAUGCUACCAUCCUUGGUUUUGGGCCUUCGGAAUAAUAUGUACGAGUGGAUUUCCGACGUACUUUGCCAACAAAAUGGGACGUUUAGAUUCAGAGGACCAUGGUUUAGUAGUCUUAAUUGUUUAGUGACUGCGGAUCCAAGAAACUUGGAGCAUCUUCUCAAGACCAAGUUCCCCAAUUUCCCUAAAGGGAAUUACUUCCGCGGCACAGUUCGUGAUCUCCUCGGCGACGUAAUAUUCAACGCAGACGAUGAGACAUGGCAAAGGCAAAGGAAGACAGCAAGCAUUGAGUUCCAUUCAACUAAGUUCAGGCAACUAACUGCAGAAUCGUUGCUUGAACUUGUCCACUCUAGGCUCUUGCCAGUCCUGGAAAAAGCACUGAACAAUUCAAUAUCGAUUGACCUACAAGAUAUUCUAUUAAGGCUCACUUUUGACAACGUAUGCAUGAUAGCUUUUGGGGUUGAUCCAGGGUGUUUGAGUUUGGGUUUGCCUCAAAUACCAUUAGCUAGAGCCUUCGAGGAUGCAACCGAGGCAACAGUGCUGCGUUUUGUUACACCAACAUGUAUAUGGAAAGCGAUGCGGUAUCUUCAUUUGGGAGCUGAAAAGAAACUAAGAAGAUCGAUAGAAGGGGUUGACGAGUUCGCAGAACAAGUGAUAAGAACAAGGAAGAAAGAACUAUCUAUGCAGAGCUGUGAUGAUAAAAAGCAAAGGUCAGAUCUUUUGACGGUGUUUAUGGGGUUGAAAGAUGAGAGUGGGCAGCCAUUUUCAGACAAGUUCUUGAGAGAUAUAUGCGUAAACUUCAUACUAGCUGGUAGGGAUACUUCUUCAGUGGCUUUGAGUUGGUUUUUCUGGCUUCUUGAUCAACAUCCUCAAGUUGAGGAAAAAAUUGUUGCUGAAAUAUGCAAGAUAGUAAAGGAGAGGCAAGAUUUUGACCCUAAAACUCCAUUGGCGUUUAGGGCAGAGGAGAUAAAGAAGUUGGAUUAUUUGCAAGCUGCGUUAUCUGAGGCCUUGAGGUUGUACCCUUCAGUGCCUGUGGAUCAGAAGGAGGUAAUUGAGGAUGACAUAUUCGCCGAUGGGUCUAUGUUGAAAAAAGGAACAAAAGUGAUAUAUGCAAUAUAUACAAUGGGAAGAAUGGAGGCAAUAUGGGGAAAGGACUGCAGGGAGUUCAGGCCAGAGAGGUGGCUAAAAGAAGGAAGGUUCAUGAGUGAAUCUGCAUACAAAUUCACCGCCUUCAACGGUGGCCCUAGGCUGUGCUUAGGUAAAGAUUUUGCCUACAACCAAAUGAAAUUUGCUGCUGCCUCUAUCAUAUAUCGCUACCAUAUGAAGGUGGUGAAAGAUCAUCCCGUGGUGCCAAAGCCUGCUCUUACCAUGUACAGGAAACAUGGUUUGAAGGUGAAUCUAUUGAGGCGUGAUCAAUCUCAGCUUCUCACAUGAGACCUCAAGAUUACAUAUUUGAUGUAUUAAGAACAUUAUGCCAAUAGUUUUUUUAUUUCUUUUUUCAUUUAAUCAUUGUUAUACACUUAGCACUGCACAUACUUUGACUAUUGUUGAGUAAGUGUAGAGGGGAAGAAAAUAGUUACAUAUGCAUUAGGUAGCCACACUUGAAUAAUGGGUUUGAUAGUGGUUGAUUUGUUCAUGAUGGUUCAUCGGUGUGUUCUGGAUGAUUCAUAUGAAUGAAUAAAUUACAUGUGUAUUUGUAAUUAUUUUAGAGCAAUCUUUUAACUAAUUUUCUUCAUUUGCAUGUUUAUUUGACUAUAUAUAAUCUCAUCAAUGCAUUAGUCAAACCUGAAAAAAAACUAAGCUCAUCCUGUGAAUG